AUGGCACGAUCUUGGCUUCGUCAAUACUUGACCGAAGUCGCCCAUGUCGAUAUUUACUGGUUUAUCGGGAGCCGUCUGGAUCAGGCUCCUUCCAAGCUGCCUCGUCUUGCUAAACCACUACAAGGCUCCAGCACGGUGCCAUGGCGAUAUCAUUUCAAUACAGGUAGCCCUGCACAUGCUAUCUUCAUAGUCCUUAUAUUGACAAUCUUUCACCUCUCAGUUACCUUCUCUUAUACGACGGCCUUCUGGACGUGGGAGGACUGGGAAACCCAGUUGGACUGGCUUGCCCUCCACGGUGUCAAUCUGCCUCUAGCAUGGGUUGGCCAAGAAAAGAUUCUUGUGGAUGUAUUCCAAGAGAUCGGACUCACCGACGCCGAGAUCUCGAACUUCCUCAGCGGACCUGCGUUCCAAGCAUGGAACCGAUUCGGAAAUAUCCAAGGCUCUUGGGGUGGUGAUCUCCCUCGGUCUUGGAUCGACCAGCAAUUUGCCCUGCAGAAAAAGAUUCUACCUCGCAUGGUAGAACUGGGCAUGACGCCUGUCCUCCCUUCGUUUACGGGAUUCGUGCCCAUGAACACCACUCGCGUCCUUCCAGACGCACAGAUCGUCAGAGGAUCACAAUGGGCCGGCUUCCCUUUGCAGUACUCAAAUGAUUCGUUUCUAGAGCCAUUUGAUGAUAAUUUUGCCAAAUUGCAAUCUAGCUUCAUUGGUAAACAACGGGACGCCUAUGGCAAUGUCAGUCACAUCUACACCCUGGAUCAAUACAACGAGAACUCUCCUUAUUCUGGAGAUUUGGACUAUCUUCGCAACGUGACUCUAAACACCUGGAAGAGCCUCAAGGAAGCAGACCCGGACGCAAUCUGGAUGAUGCAAGGCUGGCUUUUCUACGCGCAAUCGGCUUUCUGGACUGAAGAGCGGAUCGAAGCUUUCCUCUCGGGCGUGGAGGAUAAUAACGACAUGCUUAUUUUGGACCUGUUCUCUGAAUCUGCACCUCAAUGGCGCCGAACACAUUCUUACUACGGUAAGCCGUGGCUCUGGUGCCAGGUGCAUGACUAUGGGGGCAACAUGGGCCUCUACGGACAACUUACAAACCUCACCGUGAAUGCGACCGAGGCGCGCAUUGAAUCUCCAUCCUUGGUUGGUUAUGGAUUGACAAUGGAAGGGCAAGAGGGGAAUGAAAUCAUUUAUACUGCUCUGUUAGAUCAGGCAUGGUCAUCAGUACCUUUGGACACUGAGCGAUAUUUCCAUGAUUGGGUGGCCAGCCGAUAUUCCGGUUAUGGAUCUAUGCCUAAGGAACUUCAUGAAGCAUGGGAAGGAAUGCGAACCACAGUCUUUGAUAACACGAAUACCUCCGUUACCUCGGUUAUCAAGUCCGCCUUUGAGAUCCGUCCGAGCUUGGAGAACAUUCGAGUCGGGUUCCAGAGCACUGAACUUACCUACGACCCGUCGAUAGUUGUGCAAGCAUGGCAAAAGCUCUACCAGGCUGCAAACUCAGAGCCCAAACUGUGGACGAAUCCAGCCUAUCAACAUGACAUGGUUGAUAUAACGCGACAAGUCAUGGCCAACGCGUUCAUUCCUAUGUAUCUCGAUCUGGUAUCUGCCUGGAAUUCCUCCGACUCAAGCUCGUUAUCCAAGCAGGGCCAAGAUUUGAUUAAUUUCCUUGAAGAUCUCGAUAAUAUUCUUCUCACCAAUUCCAAUUUCCGAUUGUCUUCGUGGAUCAAGUCGGCUCGGGCCUGGGCAAAUGGGGAAGAUGAUCAAGCAUCAUUCUUGGAGUAUAAUGCUCGCAAUCAAAUCACACUUUGGGGCCCCAGUGGAGAGAUUGCCGACUACGCCUCGAAGCAAUGGAGUGGUUUAAUCUCGACAUUUUACGUCCCUCGCUGGCGGAUUUUCAUCCAGUACUUGGAGUCUACACCGCCCGCAUCGUUCAAUGCCACCGAAGUGACGAACAAAUUACUGGAUUUUGAGCUGAAAUGGCAGCACGAGACCUGGGAUGAGCCAGAACCCAGUGCAGAUGCGGGGAAUUUGGAGAAAGUGUUGAACGAUGUACGUAGUCGAUGGACCGCGGUCUUUGCAGGACGGUGA